GGUGAACUUUGCCCCAACUCCCGCUCCCGGUUCAUUAUGCGCAGAACAUGACAACGCAAUAAUAUAAAGAGCCAAUAGAAUGGUAAAUUUAUUUUUAGUCACCAUUACCGUUUGCGGCGUAUCAGGGUCGUGUUAUCCUAAUCGUAAGCGUUUAAUCGAGAACCUUUAACGGAAUCAUUUUGUUUUUUAAUCUCGUAUCAUACCAACUUACCUCUUUAUCCAAGGGCAUUUUGUCCAACAAGCAGCCCAGGACCGACGUAUCAUCAUCAUUCACUUAUUUAGAACAUUAUCUCUGAGAUAUCCGCAUCAAUUUGACUUGCCAAUCAAUAAUGGAGCAAAAAUAUCAGCAAUUCCUGGCUCUUGCUCUUACAUGCGUUGUCAUGCUUGCAUACCAUUCCCUCACGGUGGAGAAAUAUAGCACAUCCAACAGAGACGUAAUGACCCCAAGCAAGACCAGAACCUAUCCGCAACCUGUGCUUCAAAGGAAAUGCGUACCCGUGAACAGUGUGGUCUUCAUCAAGACUCACAAAACUGGAGGCACCACUAUCAGUUCCAUUUUGAACAAAUACGGUGAGCGGCACAACAUGUCCUUUAUCGCCAACAAACGUGAUCCUACCAGAGGUCAUUUCCGCUUUGUCCUGGUCGAGAACAAGACCAUCUUGCCACCACUGGGAGUGUCCGAAAAGGAUUAUAAAAACUACAAGAACUAUAACUUGAUGACAUUCCAUAUCAUUUUCCUAAAAAACGAGGCCAAAUUGAAGCAGCUAAUGAGUCCAGAACCGAGAUUCAUUACCAUUUUACGGGACCCAAUCAAGCAAUGGGAGUCAGCCUUCUUUUUCUUUAAAGGCUACGCGACAAUGAAAGUCCCAGGAAAAACACCAAUUCAAAAAGUUGAUAAUUUCAUGAAACGGCCACUCAAAUAUUGGUCAAAAAAGGGGAAAGGUUUAUUCACAUGGCAAUUUAGAAACGGACAGUGGGUAGACAUUCUUGGGAGUUCAAGUUCUGUAAAUGAUAAUAUGACACAUGUAAAGGAACUGAUUGAAGAACUUGAUAAAAAGGUACAUUUCGUGCUUCUUACCGACUAUAUUGAUGAAUCGUUGGUACUGCUUAAACGUCUCCUGUGUUGGGAGUUCGAAGAUUUAUUGUACGUUAAGAUGAACCAACGUCCAUCAGAUUUGAGCGCAGUGAUGAGCGAGGACCAGCGAGAGAAGAUUAGAAAGUGGAAUAAAGCAGAUAUGCUUUUAUAUGAUCAUUACAAUCGAACUCUCUGGAGAAAGAUAGCUGAUAUUGGUCCAAGCUUCUACAAGGAUGUUGACGCAUUCCAGAAAAUGUUGGACAACUAUGGUCGAUGGUGCAAUAUUACAAUGGUAACUAAUAAAAUUAGGAAGGUACCUGUUGCUAGAAACUCUUCAGAUUUGUGUCAAAGACUUGUAGCAGAUAGAACCAAAUACUUACGAAAAAUGAUGGAGCGCCAAACAAACCAGACCAAAUUGUCCCAGAAUGCCACUCAAACCGCUUAACUAUACUGGUAUGACAGGCCAUUAAUAGUAGAAUAUAUACUUAGACUGGGGAAUAUAUUGCAAAUUUUACAAUACCGUUCAACUGGGUGGAGGUAAAAAGCAAAUUUGUUGAUUAUUUUAUAAGCACCGUUUUAUAAUAAUUAUUAUUAUUAUUGCUAUUAUUAUUAUUAUAAUUCAUUAUUAUUAUUAUGACAGUUAUGCAGAUCAACUGACACUGAUGGAAAUUUGGAGUAGGGGUGCCCAUUCCCAUCCCCGUCAUGUAGCUAUUCGGGCCAGAUAAUCAUUUUAUUUCAAUUUAAUCAAACAAACAUUUAUUUCCUUCACAAAAACAAAAUGAACAUAUCAUGAAAUAUAUAUUUAUAAUAUUAGGUAGGAAGGAGGCGAAAUUCCCUAAAAGCACAAGGCUUAUGGUGGGGUCACAAUACCAAAGCAUACAUACAGUGCGUCCCAGAAAAAACGAAACCGAGAAGUAUCGAUGUUUUAUCAUAACUUA